CCGAACCAGAGGAAUUUUCAGGUUCUGUUCUGCUGAAGCACCGUUUUGCUGCUGCUCCUCUGCUGUAUUGGAUGUCUUUGUUUGUCAGAUGAAAAUGAGGAGCAGAAGAAGCUGCAGAUGUUUUCAGUCCGUCUCUGGCCGCUUCCCCUGUGAUGCCUGAUGUUGGAGAGACGGAUGAUGGACAUGUACGCACUGACGUGGCCGAAUCCAAACUUCUGUUUAGCUGAAACAGCUCUUCAGUGAUGUAGCAAAGCAGAGAGGAAAACAGGUUUGAGUUUGAACAGUUGUCUGAAGAUGCAGUACAGUUGAGAAGAUGCUGAGAAAGGUGGUGAUGAUGAGGAGGGUCCUCCAUGUUAAGGGAGAUGUGAUGUGUACACUCGUGCUUCUGGUGCUGCUCAGUUUUUUGCUCUACACCCGCCAGGUUGUUCAGUCCUCUGGAUGGAGCAGACCUGUCUGGAAGCUAAAGAUCCACAGCUCCACAAGCUCUGGUCAGAUCCUGUUGGGAUCCAGUGGGGCCAGGGUGAGAAAGGAGUCACGUGAGUCCCCAUUACAGCCACAGCCGCCUUCCUGUAAACCCCAACUCAAGUCCAGACCUUCAAAGCCUAAAUCCAGUUCUCAGAUCAUUUCCAGGUCACGAAGUAAAAAGGUUUUUACGACUGUGGCCGCUAGAAAACGACUGCCAACACUGCCGCCCUUUGACUUUGCAAGCUAUUUGAGAGAAAAGGACAACAGAAACUUUAGUCUGCUUAUAGACCAGCCGGAGAAAUGUCACAUCAAAGAAGAAGAGAAGGGAGGAGGAGGCUCUGCGUCUGCUCCCUACUUGCUCAUUGCUGUGAAAUCUACAGCUGCAGAUUUUGACAAGCGACAGGUAGUGCGUCAGACGUGGGGGAAGGAGCAGACGUUCCAACCUGGUGGGUCCAUUCGCACUGUGUUCCUGCUGGGAAUUCCCAGGAAUUGCUCCUCCCUGCCUCUGUGGGAUCGUCUGUUGGCCUACGAGAGCCAAGCCUUUCGCGACAUCCUGCUCUGGGACUUUGAAGACACCUUCUUUAACCUGACGUUAAAGGAAACACAUUUUCUGGAAUGGGUCAACAGCAGCUGUUCUCAUGUGAAGUUCAUCUUCAAAGGUGAUGCUGACGUCUAUGUAAAUGUGGAAAACAUCCUGGAGAUGCUCCAAGGCCGAGAGCCGGACGAGGAUUUGUUUGUUGGGGAUAUUAUCGUUAAUGCCAAACCAAUCCGUCGUCGCACUUCCAAGUAUUACGUUCCAGAGUUCGUGUACGGAGGCGGUCUGUACCCCAGUUAUGCUGGAGGAGGAGGGUUUGUGAUGUCAGGACAUACAGCUCGAAGACUGAGCUCCGCCUGUCAGCAGGUGGAACUAUUCCCGAUCGAUGACGUCUUUCUAGGAAUGUGCCUCCAGCUGAUUGGUGUCAAACCUUUAUGUCAUCAGGGAUUUCGCACAUUCGGGAUUCCCCGACCGUCUGCAGCGCCCCACCUCCAGACGUUUGACCCCUGUUUUUACAGAGAGCUCAUGGUUGUUCACAGCCUCAGUGCCCCGCAGAUUUGGCUCAUGUGGAACCUCCUGCACGACCCCAAACUGAGCUGCCACAACAGAACCGGCCUAACAUCCGGACCCUUUAAAUGGAGAAGGAGGAUUGGAGAGAUGUCAAGCGAUGAGACAGAUUACGGCAAGAAGCUAGUGUUUCUAAUGCAUUAGUGCUUGUCAGGCAGGCAAAUAAAUGGAGCUGGAGCUAUUGUGCUGCCUUUAAGGGCAGUAUGAAAGCCAUGUGUGAUUUUAUUCAACCAAGCUGAAGGAUCAUCUGCCGGGAAAUGAAAUGUGGAAAGGGAAAUUUUUCCCAGCUGACUCUGCCUUCUGUGCUGAUAUCCAAGGAAUAUGAAUACAUUCUGACUGUGACCUUGGAGACCAAAGUGUUCACACUGUGUUUAUCAACCACCAGAGAGAAGGUGUUUGAUUUAGGUUUACAAAAAUAGGAGGUUGUCUUAUCUAAAAAUGCAUUUUACAUGUGGAAGGGAAGCACAUUUUGUGAAGCAAUGAGUCCUGUGAUGCAUGUGAGCAGGUAUUUUGCUCAUGAUGUGCCCGUCUUGUAUACUGCGUGUGUAUUAGGAUGAAGGUUGUAAAAUGUACCACACAUGGACUUACUUUUUGCUGUCACAUCAUUAUCUUUUUUUCACAUACCUAAUAAUAGCCUGACCAUUUAGGGCUGAAACUUCAGUGCUCUACAGAUAGUCCUUAAGUGCCCCCCUGAAGAAACUCCCUGAAUCAUUAUGUCAUGAAGCCCUUCUGUUGGAACCCAUUUCAAGCAUUUGGCAUACUGAGGUAAGUGAGCCUGCAUAGAAAAUAUGAUGAUGAACUUAUGGUAUUAUCGAGUUUCUGCUAUGACAUUUAAGAAGCAGUUGCCUUGGUUGAGUACCAGUUGUGCAUAUGCAUGCAUAUAUGGCGUCUCAGAAUUUCAACUCUCUUGUUACAAAGUCUUUAAACAUGUAAUAAAAAUCUCUGGUCUUGUGCUACAGUGUCAGACUCAGAGAGGCAAUGCCCCUCCAAAAUAUCAUUGAUUGGUUGCAGUGUGGUCACCAUGGGACCGCUAAAGGUUCUGCCUGGGUAGAAAUACAAACAUAAGCUACUUUACAAUUUGGUGAUAUUCAUUGCAAUGAAAAAAGCAUUGGUAGUCCUUAAAGAGUUUUAACUUUUGUCACGUUGCAACAAAAAAACUUUUUGAUUCUUUUAUGUGACAGAUCAACACAAAGUAGUGCAUAACUGCGAAAUGAGGGAAAGUAAUAAAUGGUUGUCAUACUUCUUUAGAAAUAAAAAUCUGAAACUGG